AUGGAUCAUCUGACCCACGAUGAUCUGACCGAUUCGUAUCGAGACGAGUCGCUCCUAACCUCCCAGUCGACGCCUCGCAAGCGUCAUCCGAAAGGCGAUACACCUCUUCCCGCGCACCUCGAUCAGUCCGUUGAAAGUGAGGCUACACGCUCACAUUCGCACUCGCGCUCGAGCUCUGACCAUGGACCGUCCGCGGCUGCUGGUGAGGAUCUCGACCGGUUGAUGGCGUUGUUGGAUGGGGAUCAAGUUCCAGUACCUAGCACCUCUGCUUCGACUGCUGCUCUAGGAUCGUACGUCGAUCGAGUUGAGCCUACCAGGAAGCUCGAGGACGACGAACGUGAGCGCGAAGCGACGCGUCAACCCUCUUCACCUGCUACACCACAUCAAGCACCGGAGGACCUGACCUUGAUACAAAGUACAUCCAACCCCAAUGAAACCUUCCCAACACGCGUCGUGCCAUCAACUUCGACGCCACCACCCACUACGACUCAUGACUCUGCACAUCCUGCGACACACGACUGGUUUCCCUCAACAUCGUCAACCGCGACUUCAGAGGCAGGCUCGAUCUCACCUUCUGUCCGAGCGAGGUCGACGUCGUUGAGAGCUCAGUCGGCGCAAUCGAUGCAUUCGAAUCGGCAAUUCUCCCACACAAACGACUCUGUCGACUAUGAAGCGCUGGAAUCGACCAUCUUGCCGGCGACGGUUCUGCAGGGUACAGGACAGGCUCAGCUAGCGGCAGAUACGACCGUAGGAGUGGACGCGACUCUCGACCAAAGAGAUCCGUCCCAACCAAGAUCACGAAGUGUCUUGGAAGAGAUGGGAUGCUCAGGUCGAACAGGGCAGGAAGCUGCAGGGUCAAGAUAUUCGCUCGGCACGACCCCUCCACCGCGGAUAGUCAAUGGACCAUCAACAACGACGAUAACGACGCUCAGACCUCCCCGUCCACCUCAGAGACAGAAUCACUCCGUGUACCUCGACGAUCACACAGGGCAGAUUGAUCCUUGGCGCAGUGAUGGCAAUCUGACCUUCCAAGCACCGCCGAGCUCGAAUCACCGAGCGCAUCAAGAUCUGGGCGAUGACAGCGAUGCAAGGAUAGCAGACGAGGUCAGUGAUGAGCAGAAACCCUCGAAGGGUCGCGGAUACUGACUGGGCAAGUCCUAGCCCAGGCCCUUAGCGAAUUCGACAACAUCAUCCACAACGCGACCCCACAUCGAAGUCGAGCUCGACCGCCCUCACGAUUGCGGCAAGACCCUUCACCUUGGCUACCUGCUUCGGCGCAUGCAGCGGGCCGGGGUCAGGACAUUUCUGAAGACGUUGAGGAUUAUACACAAACCACGGCACAAUUCGUCGCGCCGAGCAACCAUGGGCAUAGGCCGCAUGAUGCACGGACAGGAAUGGAGGGAGUAACCCAGGACGAAGUAAGUCACUCGGGAAGCAGGGUGGCGGUAUAAUCUUCUCGAGCUCACAUUUUGCUUUUGCCUCUUCUCUACCCAGCGCUCUGUAUUGGUAAGCGAGCUGAGGGAAGCGAACGAAUACAUCACCCACCUCCAAAACGACAUCGAAGCGAUUUCCCGAAUCGUCUUGGAGCUGAAGGCAGAUAGGUACGUCGAGCCGCCGAAACCGACUUCGAUUUUGACUCAAUGGCACGAACGAAAAUCUGACUGGUUGAAAACUUCACAGGACACGAGAACAAGCUCGACUCGAGGAGUUCCGUCGAGCGCAACUACCCUUGUCCGCGCAAGAACAAGCCGAAUUGAGCGUGGCUCGGGUAGGUCCUUCUUGAGCCUUGCCCAGACAACCAAAUGAGACCGCUGAGCCAACUUCACCUUUAACAGCACUUGAUAUCCCUCCUACCAUCCUUUAUGGCCGCCGCUCCACCCUCAAGAUCCCUUCUCCCCACCUCCGUCAACUCCUUAGCCCUCGCAGUCGCCUUCACCCGCUCGAUCGAUUCGCUCAUCCAAAACGGUCCUCAGGGGGAAGUUCGUCGGGACGAGAUUGUAUUCACUCAGGAUAAUGUGGAAAGGAUGCUAAGGAGGGUCAAGAAGUGGGAGAAAGUUGUGAGAUCCCAUCCUUGA